AUGGAUGAAAAGAAACAGUUCAUGUGUGACGAGACUGGCGAUGAGGCCCAGUUGUCUCCUCGCAAGACUCCGUCUCCUGCAAAGAAAGCCGUUGUUGCUUGUUUCGCCCUGUGGCUCGUGACACUAACCUUUGGUGUCCGUCCUAUGAAGUCAUGCUAUCAUCGAAUGAGAAAGCCAUGGGGCGUGCCCCUUACCGUCGAGGAGAGGGCUCAAAAUAUUCUUUCUCAUACUCCAUUGAUAGAUGGCCACAAUGACCUCCCUAUUCUCGUCCGAGGAUUCUUCAACAACCACAUCUACGAGAAGAACUUCACUGAGCCCUUUGAGAACGGUGGUCUUGUUGGCCACGUUGAUCUGCCCAGGCUUCGCAAGGGUCAGAACGGCGGCGUCCAGUGGACUCUUGACCAAAUCGAUCUCAUGACCCGCAUCAAGGACUCCUAUCCCAAGGACUUCUCCUCAAGCGCGAACAGCGGCGCCGCUUUGAAGGCAUGGGAGAAGGGCCAGCUCAUCUCCCCUCUGGGCGUCGAGGGUCUGCAUCAAAUCGGCAACUCUGUCGCCAAUCUCCGACGCUACCAUGCCCUGGGUGUCCGCUACUCGACCCUCACCCACAACUGCCACAACAAGUUCGCCGACGCCGCGCUGCUCGAAAGCCCUCUGCGCAAGGCAGAGCCUCUGUGGCACGGGUUGAGCCCUGCCGGUCGCCGUCUCAUUCACGAGAUGAACCGUGUCGGGUUGAUUGUCGACCUCUCCCAUACAAGCGCCGAGACACAGAUUGAUGUCCUCGGGGGCAAGGACUGGGAAGGCAGUAAGGCGCCUGUUAUCUACAGCCACAGCUCCGCAUUCAGCGUCUGCCCGCACCCCCGCAACGUAAAGGAUGACGUUCUGAAGCUCGUCAAGGAGCGCAACGCGGUUGUCAUGGUCAACUUUGCGCCUGACUUCAUCUCCUGCGUCGACUCCGGCAACGAGAACGGUCUGCCCACCUACGUCCCCGCCAACGCCACGCUUGGCCAGGUCGUCAGGCAUGUCCUGCAUAUUGGCAAACUUAUCGGUUUCGACCACGUCGGUUUCGGCUCCGACUUUGACGGGAUUGCGUCUGUGCCCAAGGGUCUGGAGGACGUGUCCAAGUACCCAGGCCUUGUUGCCGAGCUGCUGAGGCAGGGUUUGAGUGACGAGGACGCGGCAAAGGUCGUUGGCGGAAAUAUUCUUCGCGUCUGGAAGGAGGUUGAGGCGGUUGCCGAGAAGCUGCAAAAGGAUGGCCAGCCUGUCCUUGAGGAUGAUAUCGCAAGCCCGAAGUGGUAG